UAUGGUUCUGCCGUAGUGUAGUUCUCUCGAUUCUCUUUCUUCGCCUCUCUUACGGAGUAGUCGUUUCUCGGUGGAAAGUUGCUCCACUCUUUGGGCCUCUCUCUCACACAAGACUCUCUCUCUCCCCCCCUCGGUUAUAUACACACACACUUGCACACGCACACACAAACACACACACACACAAAAAAACAAACAAACAUUCAAAACUAAGGAAAGGGUCGAUCUCGGCUAGAACCCGCUCUGCCCCGUUGUCGGAUGUGUCGGUCAGUGCCGGCCAAGAGACACUAACGAGGCCAUUCCGGGCUCGCUCCGCCCAGGGAUUUCGGCUGGCUGAAAAAAAAGAGACUCUACAAGUAGCCCAGCGCGGCCAAGUCCCGCCGAAGACGGGAAGCUAGUUAACCCAGUCACAGGGGGUUCCGUUGUUACGAUCUGCCAACCCAGAGAAACAAGCGGCUUCCGCGCUGUGCAUCCUGCGGCUUGUCAAACCCUGCAUGUCGGCAAACAGAUUCGUCAGGGCGGCGAGGCCUCUUGGCCGAUCCCUGGCCGGCACACUCUACAAUUCCGGCCCCACUGUCCGGCGGCGCUUCAGCACCACUUCCGCUUUUCGGCGUGCCGCUGCCAGUGGCGACGGCCAGGCUUCUCGGACCGCCUCGGCAUGGUCGCUGCCGGCCGUCAUCGCCCUAGCCACAGCGACCGGCUUGCUUGGCUGGGGCGUGUCCGAGCUGGCCCAUCGGGGCUUUCCCGGCUCCGUGCUGCUUGACGGCGCGUUCCCGGCACCCCGGUAUGCGAGCAUGCGCGGGAUGGAGCAGGCCUUGGAGGAAAUCCGUCAGGAAAUCAGAGAGGAGGAUAUCAUCUCCAUCGAUCCCGAGGAUCUGCUCGCCCACGGAUACUCCGAAUGGUCGACAGUCAACCCGGAAGGGCUGCCGGUCGCGGUGGCUUACCCGCGGUCGACGGAGCACGUAUCAAUUAUCGCACGCAUCUGUAACAAGUAUUGCGUGCCAAUCAUCCCCUACUCGGGCGGUUCGAGCCUGGAGGGGAACUUCUCUGCCCCCUUUGGCGGCAUCAGCGUCGACUUUGCCUACAUGGACAAGAUCGUCCAAUUCAACAAAGAGGAUAUGGACGUCGUGGUCCAACCGAGCAUUGGCUGGCAGGACCUGAACGAGCAGCUCGCCAAGAUGGGCAGCGGGCUCUUCUUCCCCAUUGACCCUGGCCCCAGCGCCAAGAUCGGCGGCAUGAUCGGGACCAACUGCUCCGGCACCAACGCUGUCAAGUACGGGACGAUGAAGGACUGGGUGAUCAACCUGACCGUGGUCCUGGCAGACGGCACCGUCAUCAAGACGAGGCGGCGACCGCGCAAGUCGUCGGCAGGCUACAACCUCAACGGCCUCUUUGUCGGUUCCGAGGGUACCCUCGGGCUCGUAACGGAGGCGACCCUCAAGCUCGCCGUUGUCCCGGAGGAGUUCUCCGUCGCGGUCGUCACGUUCCCGACAAUUCGAGACGCCGCCUCUGCCGCCGCCGAGGUGAUGCAGUCCGGAAUUCCCGUCGCCGCCAUGGAGAUCAUGGACGAGGUCCAGAUGAAGGUCGUCAACAUGGGAGGAGCGACCGCGCCGAGGGUUUGGAAGGAGAUGCCGACUCUCUUCUUCAAGUUCUCCGGAACCAAGGCCAGCGUCAAGGAGAACAUCAGCAAGGUGCAAAAGAUCACGAAGGCCAACAAAGGAAGCAAUUUCGAGUUUGCAAAGGACGCCAGGGAACAGAAGCUGCUUUGGUCCGCCCGCAAGGAGUCUCUGUGGUCCAUGCUUUCACUGCGCAAAGAUGGCGAGGAAGUCUGGAGCACCGAUGUAGCUGUACCAUUCAGCAGGCUUGCCGACAUCAUCGAGGUCAGCAAGAAAGAGAUGGAUGAUCUGGGCCUCUUCGCCAGCAUCCUCGGUCAUAUCGGGGACGGUAACUUCCACGAGAGUAUCAUCUACAACCGGCAGGACCCGGUAGAACGGGAGAAAGUCGAAACCUGUGUCAAGAACAUGGUGAAGAGGGCGCUGGAGAUGGAGGGCACCUGCACCGGCGAGCACUCCAUCGGCUGGGGCAAAAAGGAAUCCCUCGUCUGGGAGGUCGGGCAUGAUACGCUUGGGGUCAUGAAAGCCAUCAAGACAGCCCUCGACCCUAACUGGAUCAUGAAUCCCGGCAAGAUAUUUGACAGGCAGCGCUAAGGAACGCGUACCAGCUCUCUUGCUUACCUAAGGUGCUUUACCUACGCGGCAUUGGACCACCCACGU